CCCCUCCGGGAUGCGAAACGCGAGGUUUUGUAACCUUUCCUGGCAAUUUUAGAUUUUGUGUGGGAUUUCCUGUCUAGGAGCAGAUACGAAGGUUUUAAGCUGUUUAAAGAUGUUUCCUUGCAGUCGUAAACAUAUUUUUAAUCUAUUUGGGCCGACAUUGAAAUCACUGUUCUCGUGAACGGUUUUAGUUCUCCAGAUGCACAUUUGCAUUUCGAAGACGUCUCUUAGUUAUGAUUGAUAACUAAUAUUUGGCGUACUCAUUGUGGAGCGAUGACUUCUUACAGUCAGGAGCGGAGCAUAGGCUAUUGCAAUUUUAAUUUCCUGUUUUAGCGUCAAAUAGUGUGUGUGCUAUAUUGAGCUGUUGCUGCUGUUGCUGAUGUGGCUUUAUGAAAGUUACAAAUUAUAACACUGUGGUAGAAACAAAUUCAGAUUCAGACGAUGAAGACAAACUCCACAUCGUGGAAGAAGAAAGUGUCGCCGAUGCAGCGGACUGUGAAGGAGGCCCGGCGGAAGACGACCUGCCAGCAGACCAGGCCGUGGUACCCGGGAGCAGUGGCCGAGAAGGGAGCGCCACGAGCUGCUGGGAGGGUGACGCAGGAAAGGAAGGACAAGAAACCCUGGGGCCUGAAGCUCGGGCAGAUGAAGUGGGACACACAGUAAAAGAUGACGAAUGCGACUCAGAUGCAGAGAAUGAACAAAACCACGACCCUAAUGUUGAGGAGUUCCUGCAGCAACAAGACACUGCUGUCAUCUACCCCGAGGCGCCGGAGGAGGACCAGAGGCAGGGGACGCCUGAGGCCAGCGGCCACGAUGACAACGGAACACCAGAUGCGUUUUCCCAGUUACUCACCUGCCCAUACUGUGACAGAGGAUAUAAACGCUUCACCUCUCUGAAAGAACACAUUAAGUACCGCCAUGAGAAGAAUGAGGACAACUUCAGCUGCUCCGUGUGCAGUUACACCUUCGCGUACAGAACCCAACUUGAACGUCACAUGACGUCACAUAAGUCAGGACGAGAUCAGAGACAUGUGACGCAGUCUGGGGGUAAUCGUAAAUUCAAGUGCACUGAAUGUGGAAAAGCUUUCAAAUACAAACACCAUCUAAAAGAACACUUAAGAAUCCACAGUGGAGAGAAGCCAUAUGAAUGCCCAAACUGCAAGAAACGUUUCUCCCAUUCCGGGUCCUACAGCUCGCACAUCAGCAGUAAGAAGUGCAUCAGCCUGGUGCCCGUGAACGGGCGGCCGAGACCCGGGCUCAAGACCCCCCAGUGCUCCUCGCCGUCCCUCUCGGCGUCCCCGGGCAGCCCCACGCGCCCGCAGAUCCGGCAGAAGCCAGACAAUAAACCCCUUCAAGAACAGCUCUCCGUGAACCAAAUUAAAACUGAGCCUGUGGAUUAUGAGUUCAAACCCAUCGUGGUCACUUCAGGAAUCAGCUGCUCGACCCCCCUACAGAACGGGGUCUUCGGUGGUGGUGGCCCGUUGCAGGCGGCCGGUUCUCCUCAGGGUGUGGUGCAGGCCGUCGUCCUGCCCACGGUGGGUUUGGUGUCGCCCAUAAGCAUCAACUUGAGUGACAUCCAGAAUGUACUCAAAGUGGCAGUAGACGGUAACGUAAUCAGGCAGGUCUUGGAGAAUAAUCAAGCCAAUCUCGCAUCCAAAGAACAAGAAACAAUCAAUGCUUCAUCCCUACAGCAAGGGGGCCACUCGGUCAUUUCGGCCAUCAGUCUUCCUCUGGUUGAUCAAGACGGAACAACCAAAAUUAUCAUCAACUACAGUCUUGAACAGCCCAGCCAACUCCAGGUCGUUCCUCAGAAUUUAAAAAAAGAAAAUCCAGUCCCCACAAACAGCUGCAAAAACGAAAAGUUACCGGAAGAUCUUACAGUUAAACCCGAGAAGGACAAAAGCUUCGAAGGAGGCGGGAGCGACAGCACUUGCCUGCUGUGUGAUGACUGCCCCGGGGACAUCACCGCCCUGCCCGAGCUGAAGCGGCCGGCCCCGCCCCCCCCGCCCGCCCCCGAGGCCGACCAGCCCGAGCCCCCGGCCGCCUCGGGCCCUGGCGACGGCCACCUGUCUCCCAGCCAGCCCCCUUUAAAGAACCUCUUGUCUCUUCUAAAGGCCUAUUACGCUUUGAAUGCACAGCCCAGUGCAGACGAGCUCUCCAAAAUUGCCGACUCGGUGAACCUGCCGCUGGACGUCGUGAAGAAGUGGUUUGAGAAGAUGCAAGCGGGACAGAUCUCCGUGCAGCCUUCGGAGCCGCCCUCUCCCGAACCGGGCAAGGGCCCCGUCCCUGCGAAGAACGACGAUCAGCCUCAACCUGCAAGUGCGAGCGAGCCCCAGGCCAGCCCGGGCGACCUCCAGAGCCCGCUGAAGACAACCGGCUCUCCGGUCUUACCCGUGGGGUCGGCCGCCGGCGGUUCCAGAAGUCGGCCGCCCUCCCCGUCACCCCUCAACCUCUCCUCCCCCAGAAGUACACAGGGUUACUUGUACGCGGCAGAAGGGGCGCAGGAAGAGCUCCAAGUAGAACCUCUUGAUCUUUCACUACCAAAGCAGCAGGGAGAGUUGUUGGAAAGGUCAACCAUCACUAGUGUUUACCAGAACAGUGUUUAUUCUGUCCAGGAGGAGCCCUUGAACUUGUCUUGUGCAAAAAAGGAGCCACAAAAGGACAGCUGUGUCACAGACUCAGAGCCAGUUGUAAAUGUAGUCCCACCAAGUGCCAACCCCAUAAACAUUGCUGUGCCCACAGUCACUGCCCAGUUCCCCACCAUCGUGGCCAUCGCUGACCAGAGCAGUGUGCCGUGCUUGCGAGCGCUUGCUGCCAACAAGCAGACCAUCCUGAUCCCCCAGGUCUCCUACACGUACUCGACCACGGUCAGCCCUGCCGUCCAGGAACCGCCCCUGAAAGUGGUCCAGCCAAACGGGAAUCAGGAUGAAAGACAAGACACUAGCUCAGAAGGGGUGUCCAACGUGGAGGAUCAGAACGACUCGGACUCCACGCCACCCAAGAAGAAGAUGCGGAAGACGGAAAACGGGAUGUACGCGUGUGACCUGUGCGAUAAGAUAUUCCAGAAGAGUAGCUCGUUGCUGAGGCAUAAAUACGAGCACACAGGGAAGAGACCCCACGAGUGUGGAAUCUGUAAAAAGGCCUUUAAACACAAGCACCACCUGAUCGAACACAUGCGCCUGCACUCGGGGGAGAAGCCCUACCAGUGUGACAAGUGCGGGAAGCGCUUCUCGCACUCGGGCUCCUACUCGCAGCACAUGAACCACCGCUACUCCUACUGCAAGAGGGAGGCCGAGGAGCGCGACGCCGAGCCCGGGGAGCCGGGGGGCCGGGCCGGCCCCGGCCCCGGCGACUCAGACGACAGGGAGAGCUUGACGCGGGAGGAGGACGAGGACAGCGACAAGGAGGAGGAAGAGGAGGAGGAGAAGGAGACGGAGGACCUGCAGGAAGACAAGGAAAGUGGAAAAGCGCCAGGCGAGGAGGAGGAGGAGGAGGAGAUGGAAGAGAUGGAGGAGGAGGAGGAGGUGGUGGAGGAGGAGGAGGAGGAGGAGGGAGAAGGAGCAAAAACUGAAGGUGCGAUGGAGGGGGCAGGGGCCGCCAGCCGAGCGGGCACCUUAGAAGGCAAGGUCAGCGAGGGCAGUGAGCCAGCGUCGGAAGAAAAAACAAAUGAAGCCUAAUAGUUUUUCUAGAAGGAAAAAGAAAAAUUCUAAUCGGUAAUGAAGUUUGUUCUAUAUUAUACAUGCUUUUCAUGGAAACACAGUACCCCCGUAUACUGUGAUUUCUGUUCACUACUGUGUAAAGUAAAAGUUAAAAAAAAAUACAAAAUACAAAAAAAAAAAAAAAAACACACAAAAAAAAAAUCCGGGUGUGCCUGAACCUCAGACCUAGUAAUUUUUCAUGCAUUUUUCAAAGUUAGGAACAAGUUUGUACCAUGAAGCAGAUUAGAAAAGCUAACGACUCAGAAAGCAAAGAUUUAACAGGUGGAAGGAAACAGACGUAUUAGGGAAGCAUCUGGCUUUGUUUCAUUUUAUCAGUAUUAAUGAUCACUCUUAGGUUGGUUUAUUCUUAAGCUGUACAAUUGGGAGAAAUUUUCUAAUUUUUUAUUGGUAAACAUAUGCUAAAUCCGCUUCAGUAUUUUAUUAUGUUUUUUUAAAAUGUGAGAACUUCUGCACUACAGAAUUCCCUUCUCCGAGAAGUGUAACGCCCUUCCCGGCCGUGCUGACAGCCUCUCGUAACCCCAGCCCAGCAGGCGGUGGCUCCCAGCGUGCGGGUGUCCUGGCGGAGCGUGCCGUCUGUCAGUGUGUCGUUAGCCUUAAGGGAGCAGCCGGCAGAAGAGCCGAAGUCUCCGGCUCGUGGGGUUUCGAGUGGGGUUGGAAGCCUGUCAUGGAGCUGUGACUGCAGGGACGAGCGGGGUCAGGACUGGCGAGGACAGCAGGGGUGUCAGAAUCAGUGUUUGUGGUUGUGCCGAGUACAUGGUGGACAAAUACGAAGGACGUGAUAGGAAGCUUCGGAUCUCCUUGGCCUUAAGCAAGACCUGUGUGCUGUAAGUGCCACUUAUCAGUAUUCCCCGGGCUCUGAGCAGCCUUCGUUCAGGUGUGGCCUCCAAUAACUAGCAUUUGUGGAUCUGUUUGUUGUCUCGAAAUUCCAAAAUAAAACUUAAAACCACUGACUCUGUCAGAGAAGCCGAACACUGGGCCAUUUCAUCCUUUGAUUCCUCAGUAUUCAUUUUGCGUUAAUUGACUUUUCAGAAUUUCUCUCCAGAAAUGAAAGGGAAAUUUUCUAAUCUGCUUUAUCCAUGUUCUUGCAUUUCAGAUGUGGACAUGCCAUUGUUAUUUGGCUCAUAACUGUUUCCAAAUAUUAGUUAUUAUGGACCCAGUUUAUUAACAACAUUAGCUGAUUUUUACCUAUCAGUAUUAUUUUAUUUCUUUUAGUUUCUAGAUCUGUGCAACAUUUUUGUACUGUAUGUCUUCAAACCUGGCAGUAUUAAUACCCUUCUUACUGACAUAUGUACUUUUAGUUUUAGAAAACUUUUAUAUUUAUGUGUCUUAUUUUUAUAUUUCUUUAUUUAUUACACAGUGUAGUGUAUAAUACUGUAGUUUGUAUUAAUACAAUAAUAUAUUUUAGUAUGAAAAUUUGGAAAGUUGAUAAGAUUUAAAGUAGAGAUGCAACUGGUUCUCUUGCAUUGAGAUUUGAUUUAACAGUGUUAUGUUAACAUUUAUACUUGCCUUGGACUGUAGAACAGGAUUUAAAUGGGAAUGUAUUAGUUUUACAACUACAAUCAAGUCAUUUUACCUUUACCCAGUUUUUAAUAUAAAACUCUUAAAUUUUGAAAUUCACUGUGUGACUGACUAAUAGCAUGACGCUCUGCGGUUUUAUGAAGAGAUUAGCCUAACCAUACAACUCAUUUCCUUAGUAAGCCAAACUAGGAUAACCUUGUAGAAACAGUGUUGGGAACAACGUUUAACAUUUUGUGCCAAUUUGUUCCUGUAUCCAUGUAUGUAAGUUACAGAUCUGACUCUUCAUUUUUAAGUUCCUUGUUACACCAUGGUCAUUUUCUAGUUUUUUACCAGACCCCCCCCCAUCUCACAAUAAAAUGCAUCCACAAGCCUG